GUGAUACAGGAGGGCCACGGUGACAGCCAAGGGCACGGCUGUGACGUCACAAGGAGGCAUUGUGUCACACUUAGGUGGUUAUAAAAGCUGGGUGCCUGCCAAGCCUUCAACAACUCCUGCUCUUCACAACAUUCUCUGCCGCGUUCUGCGCCCCAGGUGACAGCGUGCCACCCACUCAGUCGUCCUGCCUCGGGGCCUCUCGCCCACAUCCGGUGCUCCACCCUCAUGUUCGCGUCCACCUUCACACUUCUCUGGGGUCCCAUGAGUCGUCACACCUGGCACUGCAGGGGGAAGUCAGAUUCGAUCUGUAAAACAGAUGGAAGGCCAGGAAACAGGGCAGGAAGAACAACCUGAACACAAAAGAGUGGGCCCAGACACGGGACGUCUGAGGCCAGGUGGAAAUCCAUCUUCCAGUGGAGCAGCCGAUCAGGGGCCGACUGGGAAGGCAGUGGUUGGCGGCCAGUGCUUGGAGGCAUUCAGAGCACGGUCCCUUUGAGGGGUCACUGUGCCCAGCUGCUGGUGGGCUCAUGGCCUGAAGACCUUUGGCCUGGGACUGACUUCAGCCUGAUGUCCUGGUGGCAUAUCACUUGCAGAGCUUUUUUCUUCUGGAGAGUUCUCUUGUUGAGAGGGAGCAAAGGCUGCCACGCUCUAGAACAAGAAAACGCCGGAAGUUGGAAGAGCUGGCCAUGCAAAUCCAACUUUUUUUUGACAGACUUUGAGGGAGAGCUGAAAUUGAUGAAAACAGCUCUUAACACCAGCAGGGAAAUUAACAAAAAUCUGUCUAAAGAAGUGUGUGAGCUAAAGGAUCCCCUAAAACGACGUGAAGGAGAAAAUCAAAGCUGAAAAAUCAGCUUGUCAACUUGGUGUCACCAAAAGGACACAAUUGAAAAAACUUGCCAGAGGACAGGCCUCCCUGGACAUGGCACGAGAUGAGGAGGGGACUGCCAGCAAGUCCCGGAGGACACCCAGGUCCUGAGUCCUGGGCUGAGCUCCUCCAGGCUAAGAACCGGUACCCACCAUUGGAGGGCGGGUAGAGGUGUUAGAAGGACAAGUCAAGCCAUGGUGGAAAAUGAGCAUCACAGACGUCCUCAGUGCUGAUGACAUUGCAGCAGCCUUGCAGGAGUGCCAAGACCCAGAUACUUUUGAACCCCAAAAAUUCUUCCAGACAUCGGGCCUCUCCAAGAUGUCGGCUAGUCAGGUGAAGGACGUUUUUCGGUUCAUAGACAACGACCAGAGCGGAUACCUGGAUGAAGAGGAGCUUAAGUUUUUCCUCCAGAAGUUUGAGAGUGGUGCUAGAGAACUGACUGAGUCAGAAACCAAGUCCUUGAUGGCGGCUGCAGAUAAUGAUGGCGACGGAAAAAUUGGGGCUGAUGAAUUCCAGGAAAUGGUGCAUUCUUAAAGACCCCAGACUAUGGAGAUAGAGAGAAUCAGCUGGAAGGCCUCCCAAACCCCAGGAAUGGGAAACCCCAUUCUCUCCCCCUAAUUUAUUUAUUAAUUUCCCCUGCAAUGCUUCUGCAGUUGGCUCGUUGUUUUUGUGAGGUGAUAAGAACCGUCAUUGAUGACCUUUUGGUGGUGGGUAUGUCCUGAUGACAUCUGUACAGCCCUCAGCAGACAAUACCUUUAAAAUUCACCCAAUAAAGACGCGUUUC